AUGUCCGUCCACAUUGAACAUAAUCAGGAAGACAUAUAUCGGGGCGAGCCUCCUCACAUUCAUAAUGAGCUUCCUGACUCGGCCCCGUCUCUCUCUUCCAAUUCUGCCGACUCGGUUUCUUCUUCAUCCUCUUCUUCAUCCUCUUCUUCAUUUCUGGCCGGCGGUAGAAUAGGCGCCAUCGCCGCUAAGCUUGAGCUCGCGAUUACUAGAUGGGCUCGAAAUGUCAGAGGAAACUCUUCCAAUGCUUCUGAUUCUUCCAGCUCCAGCUCGUCAUCGUCUUCAUCGUCCCAGUCCUCCGUGGCCACUCUCACCAAAUCACAGCUUGCCAGAAGGCGGAGGAAGAGGACUAGGAGUAUCUCAUCGCUGCGCACAAUGCUUUCUGAGCGCGAUAUUGCAGCUCGUAUUACACGCAUGAAGGCGUUGGAGAGGUCAAGGCAGAUCCCGAGGGAGUUUGCGCUAUAUCUGCCACCUUCCAUGAUGCCGGCAGUCCAUGAACAGCAAGCUCCCCAAAUUAGUACAGAUGCGUUCCAGAGUACAGACCGGCGCGUCACAUGGACUACAUCCCUACCAUUGGUCCUUGCGCAACUCGAUAUAGCGAUCCGGAAACCUGCUAAGCAUCGUCGGCCCCGUCCAAGAAAUAAGUUUCUCGGUAUAUCUGAAGCCGCUUCAGAUUCCCCACAAUCCCCUGCGCAUUAUAUCCCGCGUAUUCAACGCAGUAAAACGUCCACACCCAGGUCAAUGUCUGCUUCUCCUAUGGGUGCCCGGAAAGCGAGAAAGGGUAAAGAAAGGGCAGCACCUAGAAUGGACAAACCUACAGUGAUCCGUGAGGAACCUCAGGUCAAGCCGCAAGCAUGGUUUUUGGAUGUAGCCAACCCCACAUGGGCAGAUUUACGGGCUAUUGGCAAGCUUCUGCACAUCCAUCCUUUGACGCUUGAGGAUAUUCUUCAGCAAGACCCUCGAGAGAAACUCGAGCUUUUCACGAAGUUGGGCUACUAUUUUAUAUCGUUUCGAACCAUAGAGAGUCAAGCCACCAGAGAUAAGAUUCGUCGAGAAACCGGACUCAUGGAAACUUCAAGCAAAUCUGCACUUGACGAGGGCUCAAUAGGAGAAGCCAAUGUAUACCUUACAGUCUUUAAAGAUGGAAUAUGUUGUUUCCAUUUCACAGAUAUCUCUGAACAUACCAACCGUGUAAGGAAUCGCCUACUGCUGAAAGAGGAAUUUGUAAACAAGUCUUCGGAUUGGAUAACCCAUAACAUUCUAGAUUCCGUUGUUGAUUCCUUUUUCCCUUUUCUCGAGGAUAUUGAAAAGGAAGCAUUCGCUAUAGAUCAUAUUGUUUACAGUGGGGAAACCGGCCCAAUUGUGCCCUCCGGUCCUCCUGUAGAAUUCUCGAAGUCUAUCACAUCCGAUUUUAUACCGCUUCUCAAGCAAGAAGAAUCACCUUUAUCUAAGGUUACACUAGUCAAGGAAAAAUAUUCACCUGCAGAGAAACUACGAAAUUCCUAUCGCCCUCGUUUUGCCUCACCUCGACUUAACGUUCGGCUCUUUUUCCGUCGUACUAAACGACGUGUGGCUAAUUUUUGGGAACUUCUGUGGGCUAGGCCCGAGAUGGCUCCAAGUGGGACGCAGCUUACUUUGCGACGUAUGGCUAGAACAAGAAAAUUGGUUACCGUUUUGGGUCGAUUGCUCGCAACCAAAUCAGAUGUGGUCAUGCAAAUACAAAAGCGUCUCGCGAAGGCAGCAGCAGAUGGACAUAAUUCCGAAGAAUUCGAAGUAGCCAUUUACAUGGGCGAUGUUCAAGACCACAUCUUGACCUUGCAACAUUCUUUGGCCCAUUAUGAGCGUAUGCUCAGCCAGUCUCACCCGACAUACCUGGCUCAACUCCGGACCAUGUCAGAGACCUCUAAGGGCUCCACAGACAUGAACCUCCUACUCUUAACGGUAGUCACUCUUUCAGUACUUUGUCUUCAGACUCUAACGGGUCUCUUUUCUUUGAACGUCACAAUACCCACAAAUGCACAUGCAGUGGGAAGUCCUCACAAUGUGUUCGGAAUCAUCCUUUCACUUGCAGUUGUAAUUCUCAUCAGUUACCUGUCUCUUGUCCGUUAUUGGUGGAACAAUGCUAAGCGGCGGCGUACGUCGCUAUGA